AUGCUUGCCUAUUUAGUGUCACCUCCUGACUGUCGUAGUGCUUCAAUUCAUAAGCGGUCCAGCUUGACGCCGCCAUCAGCGACAUUGCCGAGUAUUCUGAAUAUUUCAGUUCCUGCGCUUCCAGCAAGUCCUGUCUCUGUGCCUGUCUAUGUCAUAGAUGAGCGGGUCAAACUUGCCAGAGCUCGCGACUGGGAUGUGUCAUAUGUCGAUGAUCAUGGAUUCCGAAAUAUCAUCUCUUCCUAUCUGAACUGGGACCGCCACGGACACCGUCCUUUCGAUGAGGAUGAUUUCCUCGAUGGCCUCAUAAAACAACCCACAGAUACUUGUUCAGAGGUUCUGGUGCACACCAUUCUGGCUUAUGGUUCAUACAACUACUCUCAUGUCGACCCUGAAAAUGGCCCAAUCAUCAUCCAAGCUGCUUGGUCUAGAGCCAAAGAACUCUGGAAUGGCAAUAUCGACAAGGAGAACAGCCUUGGCUCUGCUGCAGCUGGCAUGAUAAUGUGGUCCGUCCACACUUUGCUCACCGACGGCAACCUUGGGCUGUAUGAUUUCCAUCGCGCCGGUCAAGUAUACGAUCCUCUUCAAUCACGGGGAUCGCGAGCUAGAGCAGUUUUUGCCUGGGGCAUCUAUUCUUGGAUCAAUGGAAGACCAGUACCUAUGUUGAAAGUCGAGACCUUCGUUGCCCGAUCUCGCCUGAGCCGAAUAAUGAAGGACAUCGUGCCGUUGCUCAAACAAAGCUCGAGCUCGCUGACUCCAGACUAUCAGAAAGCGACACUUGUGCUUUACCAGCGUAUGCAGAAGUGUUGGGGCUCGAUAGAUCCGGCUCUAAAGGUUCUGCAUGAAGCCCCUCCCCAUGUUCUCUACCUCAACGCUUUAUACAACUCAGCCCUGAUCGAGCUGUUGCGUCCUUUGACAGCUACACCCUCGCAUCCUUCUCCACAUGCAACGCUCCUGGAAGGAGCCGGACGUUCAGUUGAACCAACACUAUCAUAUGCAACACUUGCAACACGAUCGCAACGUAUCGUGUACAGAUUCGUCGACAAGUUUCACGGACAAGCUCAGGUUGUUGUCCUCCUCGAGGCCUUUGUCGUUGCAGUUGCAUUCGAGACACUACCAACAUACGACACCUCGGCAGACGCUAGAUUAGACUUUCUCAUCGCAUUCAGAGUCAUCUAUCACGGCGCCAAGCAGUUUCCAGUGCUCCGAUAUGCAGCGCUGGGAAUUGAGCGAGCAGCUCGGAAUAUGAACAUCGUCAUAUCGGACGAAGUGGUGGCUAUAUUGCACCACAUUCAGGAAAUGAUUGCCGGGGCGGAUCAAGAUAGCGGCAAAUCCAAAUGGGUUGUGGUUUUCAACGUUAAUGAGCUAGGAAGCCAGGAGUCGAGAUUGAGCAGUGUCAUUGACGAGUUGAAGCAGAUCAGCAUUACAGGUAGACCCGAUACAUAG